CCAGUUUGGUCGGACCCUUUUCUCUGACGGACACUAACACGGAGCUAGCUUCUACGGAGCUACAGCGAUUAACUUCCCAUAAUCCCUCCAGAGUCGGGUCGACGCUCAGUAGCAUGCAAAAUAUGUUAACCAUUAUCUCUAACGCACUUUGUAGGAUCACUGGCAGGAAUGCGGUGAGUGCUGUGGGGUCUAACUGUGAGCUUUGGGCUGUUUCCGGGCUGUUUCUGGUGUCGGGUUCGAGGCUGACCUUGUAACAUUAUUAGCUCUGAAGCUAGUCUGACUCUUAGUUUUAAUGUGCAUGCUGAGGGCAAAGGUCCGAGGAUUGUAUGUUUGUUUGUAUUUGACUGGCUGAAUGUGAAAUGAUGAGUUUAUCUCACUGUUUGUGCCUGUUUUAGUGUAUUUUAAUUUCUGUUUCUCUCUAAUUGUUUUUACUACAUCGUUAUUUUUUAUGAAAUAAGAAGCACUGAUGGGUUUAAAACUGACCAAUCUCUGGGUUUACUAUGAUACUAGAAAAAAAUACAUGAAAUCUAAUGACACGAUAAUACCGCGAUCGAUCUUCAACAGUUCCGAUAUUUAUCGCAACUGUUGACUAUCUAUCGCGGUAUUAACGUUAAUAGUGUUAUCGAUAUUUAUCGCGAUAAAAGCCUCAAAUAACUUUAUCUGUGACUUAAGAUGGUUUUUAAGUCCACCUUUCUUUACAGGCUAAAGCGCAGAGUAAAUGUUGUCUUUGUCUCUUUGCAAACAGCUGCUCAUAGUGUGUGACUGAAAUGUAAAGAUGACAGGACUUUAAUCUGAAAACGUGUCAAUUAACUUUCAGAAUCUCUUAGGGCUGGGUGAUAAAACGAUAACGAUGUAUAUCAAAAAUUAAUUUCCCUCAAUAUCAAUAUAAAACAUGGUCAAUAUGUGCUGCAUUGUAGUUACCCCGGAAGUCGGAUGUCAGAGAAGGAAAUGACACAACACCCAAGUUGACAGCGUUCUGGUUAACAAGACAAGAGUGAUGAUUUAACAGCUGACAAGGAGUUAGUAGUAGUUUGAAAUGUAAAACUUGAAUAUAUUAAAUUCUAUUAACAGACUCAUGUUAAUCCUGAGAUAUUGGUUCAGACCGAAACACAUCAGUGCAUUCUUUUUCAGUUUACUUUUCCAAUAGUCAGCGCUGAAGCAGAGAGCACUGACAGCUGCAUAAGUGUCUAUGUCGGGAUGUUUCAUCAGCAGCAGGGAUCCUACAGUCCUUUAUCAAUUUUGCAAUAAUCAGCUGCGACUGUGCAAUAGUAAUGUGAUUUGCACUGAAAUAUAUCAUUUCUAAGCAGUGAAACUUGUCCUUUCCUGAAACAAACCAGCAUGUGUCUGCAUGAUGUCCCCGCUGUUGUAAAGCUUUGUGCUGACUCUCGCUCUCUCCCUCUGCAUUCACUCUCUCUCUCCUCCCAACACACAACACACAAACACAAUCACAAAGACACAACAAUCCCUAUUUAUUUCUUGCUUUUCUCCCCCCUCUCCUCCUCUCCCCUUGGCCUGAACCGUAGGGAGCCCAAACAGUGUCUGAGGUAAGCAGCUUCACGCUCAGCUCAUAUUUGUCAGCUCCUGCAGUCAUGUGUCCAGAGGAGCUCCUUUAAAGCGCUUUUUAGGCUAGAAAAUGUAGUUUAAAUUGUGGAAAUGGUCAAACUUAGACAGCAUCCAGUCGAACACAAAAGUUUUACUGCUUUUUGGUUAAAUUGACUGUUUCAAUGCUGUGGAUUUCAUUGAAAAUACACAUUUUAAACUCUGCAUGUUUUGUCUAUUUGAGUUUAAUUUUUUAAUUUUGUCAUUAAAACAAUAUUGUAGCACAAUUAUAGGCAGUAAUUUGGUUCAAAAGCUGUCCUGAAGAUAUUUCACAAUGGCACAACAUUUAUUGGCUGUUUGAGCUUCUCAGCAGUCAUCAUGACAGGAAGAAUUUACUUUAUUAUCACUUUAAAAUGAAUAAAGUAACUGUAACAUACAUACAUCAAAAUAUGGAGAUGUAACAAAUAAUCACUGAAGGGCCUGGGAAUCAGUACAAAUGCAUUUCUCUACUUUAAAUCAGGGUAUUUUUCUUAUAUUUAUAUGCUCAUUUUAAAUGUGAUGCCAGCGACACGUUCAAAAAGUUGAGACAGGGAUACUGUGUAAACCUAAGUGAACUCAGCAGACCAGUUUCUGGAGUCUGAAAGUGGAAUGUUGUCCCAUUCUUGCCUGACAGAGGAUUUCAGCUGCUCAACAGUUCAGGGUGUUUGUAGAUGCAGCAACAGGGAAGUGAUUUUGAGCCUAUGCAGUGAUUUCUAUGACAGAGUCAUGUCUCUUUCUGAAAGUCCUUUUUUUAAACCAUGUCAUCGAGGAGAGAUGUUCCUCCAGGUUUUUUCUCAGCAUAACAUAACAUUUUCAGAGUUUAUUGUUUCAGUUCCAACUUUUGCGAACAGAAUUGGUGGCAUCAAAUGAAAAAUGAGUUUGUAUUUUUCUCAAACAACAAAAAUCUGUAUCUAUGACAGACAUGUGCUCGAUUUCUCAUUAGAUAUAGGCUCUGAAAUAGCAGAGUUCAUUAACAUGACAUAGUGAAGGUAAUGUGGAGUGAAUAUCAUAAAACACAGCUGAGAUGUUGGAGGGUCUGAAACAUCUGUAAAAAUCUCGAAGGAAACCUCUGAUCUGAAAUGUUGAAAUGUUGUGCUGAUUGUGUCAAAUAUCAGGUGAAGAGUAGACACUGUUGGGCUGGUUCCAGUUCCCUGAGUGUGUUUGUCCUCAUGUUAGCCUUUAGCCGUCAUCACGAGUGUGUGUGUGUGUGUGUGUGUGUGUGUGUGUGUGUUCGGUCUCCAUGUAGCAGCUGCCGUGUUCACCUGUAGCCCUCUCUAGAGCUCCUCUGGCUGUGCUGUGCCUGUCUGUGCUCUGAUUGGUUGGCUCCUGUGCUCCCCAGUUGCUGGUUGACCUGUCAGAGUACGUCAAUGUAACGUCACCGGCGGCGCCCGCCUUGGCACAGAACCAGCGGCAACCACCCAAACCACCUCCAGUCAGUGCUGGAGCCCCUGCUCCUGAGUUAGUUAGCAGCCAGAGCGACCAGCUAGACAGACCAGUAAGAACCCGAAGAGCACCCUCCAUGUCUGCCUGAUCACUAAUGGGGGCGGGAACUAAACCUGUGUGUCUGAGGGCGUCUGCGGCUCUUUCACAACCAGAGUUAAAGGGAAACAAACCAAAAAGAGCUUUAGGCUUCAUGUUUCAUCCACUUGUUGACACAUCCUGAGUUUUUCUUUGGUUUCUGGGAAAUGUUUGAAAUCACUAACUGAACUUUCCUUUAAAGGGUUAAAGACAAACUAAUGUUACAGAUAAGCAUGUUCAAAAUAACGGCUGUGACUCUUUCUUACCGGGACGUUUGUUCUGUCUAUAAUUGCUCUUCUUCUAAAGUCAGACGUCCACAUAUUCUCUGGUCUGUUCUGACAGUGUAAGCUGUUACUGCAUGCUCACGUUGAAUGCAUUUUCCUCUUACAAUUAAAUCAGAAUCUGAAUUUUUAAACCUGCAGACACGUUAAAAUAGACUCAAACUGACUAAAAUGAUCCAGAUUCAACCUGUUUUGUGGCCUCAACUGGGUCUUCUUCCAAUCCAUCAGCAGCAGGACCCUGAUCUGGUGAUAUGUAACGAUCUUAUUCAUGAACUUGUUUUUUAUUUUCCACUCUUAUCUGAAAAACUGCUACUUAUAUCUGCUGUGAAAACUAAAAACAUUUGAUUUGAUCAUCAUUAUUGAUGUUUUUUUAGCUCUAUUUGAAUUGGCUGAUUGAAUAAGUUGUUAUUUAGUCCAAACUCUUGUUGGUUUGGAGCCACAGCAGAGGAUUGGUGCUUUGUUACCCUCCCACCUAAAUCACACACCUGUAGGAGUCCAAUCUAGGACGAGUCUACACACCUACAACCUGAUUUCCUCUCCCACACCUGUAGCUCGUCUCACCUUCACCUGCUGUGAGGAGGAGGGCAGAACUUUGUGUCUCUCUUUGUGUUACAGUUUGUGCGUCUUGUGUUUGUGUUUGAAUAAAUGUUAUUGGUCUGUUUUUAUAUAUGAUCACAGGGGGCCAGAGUCGUGGUUUCCCGCUCCUUCGCUGAUUUCACCCCUCAGGCCACCUUUGACAUCAAGGUGAGUGCUCGACAGACACUAUUUGCAACUAAAAAUAGAUGUGUGCGAAUUGUAAAAUGCAUAUAGGGGCACAUGUGCGCAUAAAAAAAUCAGGUGAGGCAACAAAUGUGUUUUCCUGUAAAUACGGCGGUGAAGUUAGUUUCAGGUUGGAUAUUUGUCGGACAUUCACUGUGGAUGUACCGGUGUCUCCUCACUCUCCAUAACCGGGCAUGGCAACAGCAGCGCGGUUAAAUCCACUCGGCAUCCUCGCUGUCAACGCCGGGUGUUGAAUAAGGGACCAUCAAUAAAUUACCUGUUUGUGUUCUCAGAAAAGGCCGUUUUCCUUCAAUAACUUUAAUUUCAUGUGACUAAUUGACAUAAAAUUGAUUUCAAAUAUUAGUACUAAGGUUAGACAAUAAGACAAACCUCUUUAUUUCCCUAAAUCAGGGGUGGACCAUCAUGUUAUGGAGAGCCGAGAAGCUGCAGGUUUUCUUCCCAACCCAAAACUUCACCAGGUGAUUUCAAUAAUUACCUAGCAGAGACUAAUCAGUGAAAUCAGCUGGUGGAGUUUUGGGUUGGAUAGAAAACCUGCAGCCUCUCGGUCCUCCAUGGUACAUGAUUGACCACCCCUGCCCUAAAUUGUCCUCUAAAAUUUUUGUGUUAAAUUUAAAGGCAAAUCUUGAACAUUUUAUGACAGUAGCUUCCAUGUCGUAUGACAAAAAGACCUAAAAUUGAUUUCAAUAAUAGUGCUUCUGUCGACAAAUAAGACAUGUAAUUUGAUCGAUUUUCAUUGUGCCCCUAAAGUUCUUUGUGUGCUUCUUACUUUUUCAACUCAAGAGCAAAAAAGUAAGUGUCAAGCCCUCGAGUGGAUCAGAAUCUAAUGAAGGGAUUGUUAAAAAAAAUAUGGAUGAAAAUUGGUAAGAUUUUACUGAUACCGAUGCUGUAGUUGAUCUGGUUUAUCAAGCUACCAUUUUAUCAGUUCCUGUGGAUUUCCUCUGUGAGGAAAAAGAGCAAAGUAUGUUUUUUCUUUUUUUUCUUUUUUUUCUUCUUUUAAGCUGUGAAAUUUCUUUGUCUUCCUUCUGGUAGAAAUGCGACGUCCACCGUCUGGAGGAGGGUCCCCCGCUGAAGGCCGAGCUGACCCGGGAGCAGGGUCUGGAGUAUUACCGCAUCAUGCAGACUGUGAGGCGCAUGGAGCUCAAAGCUGAUCAGCUGUACAAACAGAAGAUCAUCAGAGGGUUCUGUCACCUGUAUGACGGACAGGUAAGAACAGAAAUACUCUUAACAAUUAUUUUAUAAGUCCCACAGAGCUGAAAGUAACAGUAAAAACCCAUAAAAGUAAAAUAGAAAUGUACAGUGUGCAAAGUCUGUGCAGAAAUCUAAACAUCUAAAAUCUGACUGAUCAAGGAUCCAGUCCCUGUGCCCUGCUCUGUCUUCACUAAAUAAAGACAAAAUCUCGAAAGUCUUGACGCAGCUGCUUUCUUCCAUCUUAAAAAGCAUCAGUAAAAAUUUUAUAUAAAUUAAAAACUCCUCCCAGGAGCUUUAAACGCUCUUCCAUCUCUGUAAACUGAGUUUUGUCCUCCCUGCAGGAAGCGUGUGCAGCCGGCAUCGAGGCAGCCAUCACCCCCAACGAUCACCUCAUCACCGCCUACAGGGCUCAUGGGUACACCUUCACCCGCGGGGUGCCUGUCAAGGAGAUCCUGGCCGAGCUCACAGGUGACAAAGAGGUGUCACAGUCGUGUCUGCUUGGAUGUAGUUGAGCUUAAGUUUAUACUCAUUUCCUCUUGUCGCUCUGUAGGUCGUAAAGGAGGUGUGGCCAAAGGGAAAGGAGGUUCAAUGCACAUGUAUGCUCCUCAUUUUUACGGGGGCAACGGCAUCGUGGGAGCACAGGUAAGAGUUUAAAAUGCUAGCUUCAAAGCUUCAAAGGUUAUCUGGUUUAAAAAAAUAAAUCUUAAAACAUGAACAGCUUUUGAAACUUGCAUUCUGAUCCAUAACUCUGCUGUGAUCUGUUCAGGCUCCUCUGGGCGCUGGUAUCGCUCUGGCCUGUCAGUAUCAAGGGAACAACCAGGUGUGUGUCACACUCUACGGCGACGGAGCGGCCAAUCAGGUAAAUCAUCAGACCCUGUCCUCACUGUGUGAAGUCACUUCAUAUUUUUCACAUUAAGAUUUCCUCAAAACCGCCGCGGUCUGUCCUCUCUGAACCAAUCAGGGCCAGCUAUUUGAGUCCUUCAACAUGGCCGCCUUGUGGAAGCUGCCGUGCAUCUUUAUCUGCGAGAACAACAAGUACGGUAUGGGGACGUCUGUGGAGAGAGCGUCGGCCUGUACUGACUACUACAAGAGAGGAGACUUCAUACCAGGAAUCCGAGUGAGUUAAAGGGAAGAUUAGGAUUUACUCCAGCUGAUUAGAGGCUGCAGGAAAGUGGUGGUAGAGGCUGCACAGCCAAAGAUCAUCCUCUAAGAGUUCUUGUUUUAGUCUCUGUUAGGCUCACAUUGUUAUUUUAAGUGUCUGACAGCAUUUCAGAAAGUAUCUCUACAAAGACAGACCUGUCUUCUCAAGGUGAGGUCUUUUUAAAACCAGAAAAGGAAGAAACCAGAAUCCACUGACAAAAACAGCAAUUUCACUCAGACGUGUCAGAGUUCUGCAGCUUUUAACAGGAGGUUGAAUUUUCUGACUUUGUAAUUUAAAGGGGACAAUUCAGGUUUAAAAGAAAGUGUUAAUGCGAUUUUAAUAACUUGAGAUCAUGUUAGAAUUCAUGGCAGUGACAGGCAAGCAGCUCCUUUUGUUCUGCAGGUAAAAAUACAGUUUUUUUCAAUGGAGUUUGGUUAAGUGGUAGAAAGCAAUGUUACAGCUGUUUCUGUUUUUAAAAGGGUCUUAUUCCAUGAAAAGUCUGUCUCUGCAGGAAUCCUUCAUCUAUUUUCAUACUGAUUAAGUAUUUCCGUACUUACAGUAUAAUAAAAACAGGGUCAAGUGGAAACAGUUGUUUGUUUCUUCCUGUAUUUUGUAGUUUUCAUCAGAAAAUCUGUGUAUUUCAUUGACAGUCACAUUGACAAUUCUCAUAAUGUACCCAUUGGUUGCCAAGGGUCCCAGAUAUGUUGAAUAAAAGAGCAGAAUGCCCCUUUAAUUUCUAGUCUUUUUAAGCUAAUUUCUUGUAGUAGUUAAACUCUUGGGUCCUGAGCCGUGGCUGCAGUGUGUCCUCUGACUGUACUCUGCAGCUGGUCUGAAAGGACCCAGAUUAUAACAGGAGGCUGAUGAUCCGUCCUGGCAGUUGCAGGUGUGAGCAUUCAUACAGCUGUCUGAUGCUCAUGUAUGAUACUGCACACAAACCAUAAGUGUCUGAAGAUGUGUCACAGGGCUUCUUUACCUCUGUUGUCAUGUGACCUGUUUGUUUCCUCUGUCCAGGUUGAUGGGAUGGACGUUCUGUGUGUCAGAGAGGCCACAAAGUUUGCAGCAGACCACUGCAGAUCUGGAAAGGUGAGCUGGAGAAGACAAUUUAAGUUCCACAAGUUUAACGAGACAAUGUUUGUUUUUUAGUUUAAAUCAGAACAAACAGAAACUCCAGUAAUCUGUGCUGUAGUUAGAUGCAUAAAUCUUUUGUGCUGCAGAACGCAGAAGCUGUAAAAAUCCCUCUGAGAAUUGCUGCGUUGUUAUUUCAGGGUCCCAUUGUGAUGGAGCUGCAGACGUACCGUUACCAUGGACACAGCAUGAGCGAUCCAGGUGUCAGGUGAGUAACCCUUUUUAAUUUCUGGAUGUCAAAGACUUUAUGUUCAGUUAUUGUGAGUCUGUGUUUAACCUCCAGGCGUAAAGAUCAUUUAAUCCUGUUUCACAUCAACGCAGUAUGAACUUUAAUCCUGUUUGUGCUCCGUAUUCAGUAUCACCGUAGUGUUUUCAGUGUUAUUUUUUAGGCCUGUUGCACUAAAUAUGGCCUAUCAAGCCAGACUAAAUACUGUUCCUGACCUUGCUGUGAUGUCACUUCCUGCAGCUACCGCACUCGUGAGGAGAUCCAGGAAGUUCGCAGCAAGAGCGACCCCAUCACCUUGCUGAAAGACCGCAUGCUCAGCAACAACAUGGCCUCUGCAGAGGAGUUCAAGGUGAGUGUGCACCAAACAUAAACACACACGUGUAUCAGACAGCACAGAGCAGCUCCGAGCAGCAGAGUGGAGAUGCCGACGGUCAGGGGUGAUCUUCAUAAUCAUCAAACAAUAGCUGCAAACUGAAAUCUCGUCUGUCCCGUCAGGAAAUGGACGUUGCGAUCCGUAAGGAGGUGGAGGAAGCUGCUCAGUUUGCAACAUCAGAUCCAGAGCCACCGCUGGAGGAGCUCUGCAACCACAUCUUCAGCAACAGCCCGCCACUGGAGGUCCGUGGGAUACACCCCUGGUCCACACUAAAGUCUGUCAGCUAGACAACAAAAAAAACACACAAACACACUCCAAAUAUCCAGAUCAACACACCAACCCCUGAGUCCUUCAGCUGCACGACACCCUGACUUUAAAAUCACCCUCAGCUUUCCUCCAGUCUAGAUCAUUCCGCACCUUAAUGGGACUCAGCGUCUAUCUGAAACCUGUCAGUGUUAUUUGUUUAUAGUUUUAUAGAGAAAUAUUUAAGAUUUUUUCUGUUUUUGUCUGUUUUGGUUUGUCGGUGUUUUAUCUUGAAGCUGCUGUGUGCUGCCAGAGAUCUGUGAAGAUGAGCCAUCCCUCCGAGCGUGCUGUGUGCACCUCACAGGCGGCUUUGCAGUUUGGAAAUACUUCAGGGCUGCAGAUUAUACGCACAAAACUUAGCUGUCCUGCUGCACCCUUUCUCCUCCUCCUACUUAGAAGCAAUGUCACCGUAUUCCUGCUUCCAAAUCUCCUGAAAAAUGUAGAUCCUGUUUGAAGGAGGCGCUUUGGUGGAUGAGACACCUGCAAGAACAAAGAAACAGCUUCUCUUUGAGUUAGUCUGAGGUUUGACUGCUCAGGUUGCCAUGAAACUGAGAGAGAGCAGAAAAAAACUCCUCGGUGUUUUGUGUAAAAAAAAACUUGAUUUAAAACAAUGAAAACCAGUAUUCUAUACUCAACAGUCCUUUAAAAGCUGUUUGAAACACUCCUUUCCAAGAAACCAGCUUCUUUUAAAAAAGUGAUCAAAAAUAUUUCUUUUUAACUGUUCGUUUCUUUUGACUUUUCAGACCAAAUUUUAAACACAGCUGCAGAAAGCUCCAGUUUGUUUGUGUGAGAGAGAACUGGAGCGACAUGAGCCAAGUCAGUUUAAAACGGAUGGAGACAAAAAUGGGUUACAUACAAUAUUUUGUGUUAAUACUAAAUAUAUCAUCAUUCUCAAUACUUAGGAUUUACAGAUUAUUUAUGCUGCAGUCAUGAAAAUGAGGUCUGUUUUUACCUGCUACAAUUUAAAAGUUUGAUGCACUCUUGAGUUAAAGUAGAUAUUGUUUAAAAAAGGGCCGUUCUGCACAAAAGUCCUUCUGACUUUAGCACUUUUAUUUAUUGUUGAUGCUCAUUUUAAAGCUCCUGUGAGGAGAUUUAACUGGUCAUGAAAAUAAAGUGGAGGACACAUCAUUUGCGCAUGUGCAGGACAAACUCUGUGAUAAUGGAUGACAUGCUUUGUCCACAGGGGGGCGUCACAACGAAUUUAAAGUUCCUCACAGGAGCUUUAAAAAGGCAGAGGUCAGCCACAUUUGUUUUUACUUUAAACUCUGGUGAGGGUCUAUCUGUUGGAAACGGUUGUGGCGCCCCCUGUGGUGAAAGUAGACCCUUUGGUGUGAAAUGUGUCCCUCACUGUUAACUUUUUAUGAACCAUUAAAACUCCUCACAGCAGCUUUAAAUCAAACUUCUUCAUCCACCUCUGGUUUAAAUAUGCAUUAAUGGAUUUAUUUACAGUGUGUGGGUGUUAAGUAAAUGGGAUUUAUUAAGACGACUGUUGAUCAGUGGUAUGAGAUUUAAAGGGUUUUAGUUGAGAGUUCCUAGCCGGUGAAUAAUGCAAUAGAAUAUUUAAUAUUUACAGUUUACUCUGUUCAGUUUAGAGGAUUCUAUGAGAUGUGAAGAUGCACUGAAAACUCCUAAAUGUUUAAUAUCUUCAAGGAAAGUUUGAGGGAAAACCAGCAGCAGCACUGAACAGAUAACAUGUUUCAUGUACUUUUCUCCUCUUUUCACUAAAGUUUACUCUGCUUGAACCUGUGUGUGUACGGAGAUGAAGCUUCACUUGACUGUUACUGUGUGUGUAUGAACUGAGAGGCUGUUUGGCUUUAAAAUAAAGGCUUGAAGAAAGAGCAAUACUGUGUGUGUUUCUGUCCGCAUUUCACAUGCUCCGAAGUGGCAUUGCAAAUUUAUGUUGUUUAAAAACCUGCAGGACUAAAUCGGUUUAUUUGUGGCGGUAAAAUGAAGCUGCUGUACCUGUGCAGAUAAAGCAAAGCUCUAGUUCGAUAGACACAUCCAAAAAAUAAAGUCAGAUUUCACCUCUGAGCCAACUGUAUGUGAGUAAAUGACGUGUGUUUAUCAGCCUGAUUCAGUGACAUUAGUAGGGCUUUAUUGAAAAUAGCUGUGCCGAACAUCAGCAUUGUUAUUAAAAUAUAACUUGAAUGAAUAAAUAGAAAAUGUGUAUAUA